GGCAUAUAGCUACGGCAGAUCAGGUACCGAUACAUACCUACGUAGACCUCUAUCGCGUCCGGCAGUGCAUCACGACCUCUCCUCUGGCUGGGUUUGAUGCUCGAAACCUCAUCGCAAGUUGACUGGGUAUUCCUCAUUCUCCGCUGGUAGCCCACCACGGGGCUCAAUACUUGCCAACACACCGACUUUUCUUUGCUCUUUUGUUGCUUCCGUUGAAAACCUGGAUGAUUGCCGUCAGCUUGAGCACAGAUCAUUGCUAUUUGAUUGUCUCCAGGCGGGGGAUCAGCGGCGUUGCUGGUAUGAGACACGCGACAAAUGUAACGUGUAACACAAAGCCAAAGUAUACGCAUUCAUCAUGUCGCGCCCGGCGCCUCGCAGAAUCCAAAACCAUCAGCCGUCGAUACAAAACCCGCCCUCCCAUUCUCAUUCUCAUUCCAAUUCCAACUCCCACCUGAACCCCAACGACCUCCCCGAACAUAACAAUCAUCUCUCACAUCCGCACGGCCACGGCCAUGGCCACAGGAGGACCAGAUCGCGCCAACUCCAAGACGAGGCACGCCGACAGCAACAGAACCAACGUCAACCACAUCACCAACACCACCACCAACAACAACAACAGACUCAUCCCCCGGUCUCCGAUUACGAAUCCGACACGCCCCAAUACAUGGCUCCCAACACCGCCGUGCAGCCCGCGGCGCUAGCCGGCCGAACCAACCCCGAACUCAACCUCGGCGUCUUGAGGCGCUACCUCCCCAGCAUCACAUCGGUUCUCUCCAUCGCCGCCAACGCCGUGGUCUAUACUUUCCAAUCAGGCUCGCAGUGGAAGCGGACCACCAUGGAGGGCACCAUGUUCAUCUGCUCGCAGCGCAAAGCCCCCGGCGAGGUAGGCGAGACCGGCUGUCUCUUUAUUCUCAAUCGGAAGGGCCUGCAGAACUUCGUCCUCGACCUCGACAACGUUGGCAACUUCGAGCUCGCCGGUGGCCUGCUCAUCUUCAAGCUAGACUAUGCCGCCCACGAGCUACACCUCGAAAGUGGAGAGGCCGUCACUCCCCAGGUUUUGGGGUUAUGGACUUACGCCGAAGAUGAAAGCGACCGGGAGACAAAUGCCACUCUCAUUACCGAUAUGUGGUCCCAAGCACUCAGCACGCGGGAUGCCCGAGCACAAGCCGCCGCCUCUGAUCCCGUGGCAUUCGUUGCGCUAGAGUCGGGCCCAGCUGCACAGGCCACUGGCCGCAGGCUCAGUGUGUCCGACCUGUUUUCGGGAUUUAAUGGAAAUUCCAUACCAGCACAAGGACCAUCAUGAUAAAACCCCAUGUAGUCUAACCGACGACCAAUUCAAAAUCGAUCCAACUUAUUACCGGUCUAUUAGGAUUCUAGAAAUAUCCCUGCUAGCGGUGGAAACCGG